AUGCCGGACAUCUCGACCCCGCCGCCCGCGAGGCGCUUCCAGCCCGUCCCCGUCGAGGAGACGGUCAAGAAGGUCCGACGAUUCGCCCCAGAGCCCGUAGAAACGACUACUCGAAGCAGUAAACGGGACAAUGGUGGUACAGCGGUGGAGAGGAAUGACAAUGCGGGGAAGCGACGCCUGGUCCCCGUCCCCGUCGAGAUAAGCUUUAAGAGCAGCAAGCUCGACAAGGCGGGACAGUCUCUCCCUUCUCCUGAGCCUUCCCCGCAAAGUCCACCGCCUGAAGAGACCCCUAAACCCAGGAGGCGCUUUGUUCCCGAGUUGAUUGAGACGACGAAGAGAUCGAAAAGGGCUGGGGACUCGAGACCGGCUACAUUACCCACCGAUAAGACGGAUCUAACCCCUGGAGUCCCAAACAUAUACACGUCCCGGCCCAAGUUAAAAGGUCCCCGAGGUCCCCGAGUUGUGGUCGACACCGAGGCGGGAUCUUAUGGUGUACAAGCUCAGAUCGAGCCAUUAGGACCUCGAAGACAGCAAUCAAUGCGCCCACAUAACAAUACAAGAAGGAGCACUCGACAGAACUCUUUCCAACCUCAGUUAGAAGCUAUAUUUUCAGAAGAGGACACGACAGAAAAUUCUGGGGAAGAGAUGAGUGGUGAAGACUCUACACCCUCUCUAUCGGGCUCAAUUGGAUCAUCAGACGAUUCAGUCAUGAGGUUUCAAUUGUCACGCACGCGCGAGAGCUGUGAUGAGAGGUUCUCGGGAUAUCUUCUUGCCUUGGCAGCAAAGGCGGCGGAAAAGCAGCUCAAGGAACAAGCCCUGGCAGCGUUUCCAAAUGAAUCGCUUCACGAGAUCGUGGAGCAUUUCUACGAUAGGGAGGUAGAUGCUGCCUCUGAAGCUGGAUCGGUGGAGGGCAUUGGGAUGCUACUCGAUGACUCCGAACUGUCCCCUGUUAUCCGGCGCAAGUCUACAGCAGAGGCUGGUUGGGCCGCUGCAGAGAUGCAACAACACCAAGAGAAAUUAAACAGACUCCGAGAAGAAGAAACCAAUAAGAAGAUCGCUGCUGAGGCUGCAUCACCAACGUUUGCAGAUCCCUUUUGGACGAAUGGCAUCACCGGGAAAGCUAGCCCCUUCCUCGCAGCAGAAGAUGCCAUUAAAGAUCCUCAGAAGGAGGCCGAGCUACGCUCCAUGCGCUCAGCCGCCUCGCCGCCCAUGCUCGGCUCAGAUUUAAAGUUCCGCAUGUGCCCUUCACCCAAAGCAACAAAGUUCGAAUCAGACCAACCGAUCGAUGUGGCUCCCAACCGCGACGAGCACGGGGGAGGGUUGUGGGGCGGAUAUUGCGUGGCUGAAGAAUCGGGGGAAUAUUUAAGCCCGAACAUGCCCGGACCCACGCUGAUACAGACCCCACGUGUUGAGCACGAGGACCCGUUUUCUUCCGCGUUCGCUCGCGGGGGACGUACUGAUGGCACUUCGUCGCCCAUGAGUCGGGAUUCGGGCAUCCGCAUGAUGGCGAGCAUUGAUGAGAGCUUGGAUGCGGAGAUGGCGAGAGCCAAGGCUGAAGACGCGUUACUAGAGGAGUUCAAUGAUGCGUUCGUUACGCAGGUUUAUAACUACCUGUCUCUAGGAUAUCCAUCUCUCGCUCGACAGUACGACGCAGAGUUGGCUAGGAUUAGUCGGAUUCCCGAAGAAGAAUUGAGAGUAGAUGACUGCAAGAAGGAUGCGAAAGGGUACAUUGGCAUUGCGCCUUCGAAUGGCAAUGGCUCGGCCCCGGACAAUACAAAGAACGGCGAUUACACCGGGUAUUGCGCGAGGUGGAAGGCCCUCAGGAUAUAUAUUCUUGAGUGGGCGCGACAGAAUCCCAGCAUGUCGCAAGGGGCCACAAGCCCCAGUGCCUGGGGUGUGAGGGCCAGGAGGGGCAGCUGGGCCAUUUAA